CAGGCCCUGCAGUCUGCAUUCCCAGCAGCCUAAGGUGGUUCUUCAGAGGUUUUUUGAGAGGAUUGGAUCAGCAAUUUUUGAGAGGAUUUUUUUCUUCCUUCGGCAAUAGAUAUCUAAAGAGAUCUAUUUAAAUCACUUAAAUACCAGCAGACUAUUUUAGGUAGUUUAUACAUUAUCUUUUGUAUGUGUUUUAUUGUUGUUUUGUUUUCUGAAGCAGGAGUUCACUCUAUCCCAGGCUGACCCAGAGCUUACUCUGUAACCCUGGCUGGCCUUGAACUCAAUACAAUCAUUCUACCUCAACCUCCUGAAUGCUGAGGUUACAGGUAUGAGUGCUAAGGCACCCAGGUUUAACUGCUUCUUAACGGGCUCCUCCAUUAUAAUUAUACUUUGUUCAAACUGCAGCAGAUAUUGUAAAAGAUACAGCUCUAAGCUCACAGAUUUCCCAAAGCAGAAAGAUAAAACAGAAAAGGUUCAUAAGUCAGAGAUGGAAACAUAAACUGCUGGCCCAUCUUAGAUCAGUCACAGGCUAUUGUGGCAGGAAAAUACAACAUUAGUUGUUGGGUGCUGCUGAAUUUUGCAGUAUUUGGGGGACAAUAAUGACCCGAGUCGGUUCUGUAGCAUGUUUCGAAACAUGGUCUUGCAGAAGAAGAAAGUACUGGUAAAUGUGGAUAUGAUGGUGAAUCUGGCUUCUGAAUUGGACAGGAAACUAAUAAGCAAUGUGUUUGCAGGACGGCAAGAGUCAGCUGAUAACUGGUGUGCUAACAAAAUGGCAUCUGUGAACAAGAGCAUUGAUGUGAAAAGAGACAGACCGAGCAGAAAGCAGCUUCUGGAAGAGAUAAAUGAAAAGCGUGAGUCCUACUGUCUGGUGGAGAGAAGCAAUCAAGUUAGCUUCCUGCGAGUUCAGAAGAGGCACUUCAGCCAGGCCUACCAGUCUUUAGCUUCUGUGAAUGUCAAAGAGUCUGUUCCUGAAAGUGACAGGACCUCCUGGGUCGGUCGGGGCCUCUUUGUUCGCAAGGAGAGAAGGCACUUUCCACCGAAAAAUAAUGCCAUAUUUGGAUAAAGUACAUGUCCAGAGACCACACAAAUAAAUUCUCUUCCAUCAGUC